CCGCUUCCAUUUGGUGCACCGAUAAUCCGGCAGGCACAGAAGUCUAUGGUUAUUCUGUGGCUGUUACGAGUUAUGGGUGUUCUGUGCUACGGCUUACGGGUAUGAGCCGUCUGCCGUCGUGUUUCGGCUGUGCGCGUAAUCUACGCGGUGCGCAUCGCGGUUCCCUGCUUUCCAGACAGCGCAUGCGGGGAGUUCUUGUGAGAGAACCUCGCACUGCGACGUCACCAUGUCCGGAGUGAUGGGAUUCCACGCACGCGAAGCCAUCCGCGUCAAUGCAAAGACCGCGAACGGUGCCUUUCAAGCGUGUCCUCGACUACUACAGAAAUGUGCGCGAGGUGAAGGCUCCACCGAGCAGCGCAAGUUCAGCCUAGACCCACAGAUCACAUCUUUUGAGGUACUGCAGAGCCUCCUGGCCAGAGCAUUUGACAUCCAAGGGGAGUUCACGGUGAGCUACCUGGCUCGUGAUGACGAGGGCGGUGACGCGUACCUGGGCCUGCUCUCCGACUGGGACCUGGAUGCUGCCUUUCUUAGCUCUUCCGAGCCCUGCCUCAAACUGCGCGUCGAGCCCAAGCCGUACGACAAGAGCCUUGCAGAAUGGGACGUGGUCACUCCUGGCGACAUGGCCAAGGCACCGCCAAAGCCGUCGCUCACUGGCACUCUCCUCAGCCAGAUGGAGAAGACACUGAGCCGGUUCCAGAGGGUGCUCAACCUGGCCGCCCUGCAAGAGUCUACUGCUGGCGACUGCACGCCGCCCCCUCUUGGAGACCGCGAGUUUCGCGCCUGCCUGGAUGGGGAGGGACGGUUGCUAAAGCCUCGCGAACUGCGGCUUGCCAUUUACAAGGGUGGAGUCGAGCCAUCGCUUCGGAAGGUAGUGUGGAAACACAUCUUGAACGUGUACCCUGAUGGGCUGACGGGCCGACAGCGGCUAGCGUACAUGCGUCGCAAGAGCGACCAGUACGUGCAGCUGCGCACCGCUUGGAAGGCACUGCUAGACAAGCCGGACUACAGCGGCGAUAUCCAGCUGGUGACAAACAUGGUGCGCAAGGACGUACUACGGACCGACCGCACAAACCCAUUCUACGCGGGCGGGGAUGACAACGCCAACGUGGUCUCGCUAUUCAACUUGCUCACCACAUUUGCCCUCAACCACCCGACACUCUCGUACUGCCAAGGCAUGAGUGACCUGGCCUCCCCUCUGCUGGUGGUGAUGCGUGACGAGCCACAUGCAUACGUGUGCUUCUGCGCGCUCAUGCGGCGCCUGGCGCCCAACUUCAACUUGGACGGAGAGGCGAUGACACUCAAGUUCCAACAUUUGUCUGACCUCGUUGAGCACUUUGACCCAGUGUUCUUCAGGUACCUUGAGGAACGCGGCGCCCAGGACCUGCUCUUUUGCUACCGUUGGCUGUUGUUGGAGCUGAAGCGUGAGUUCGCCUUUGACGAUGCGCUUCGCAUGCUUGAGGUGCUGUGGAGCUCCUUGCCGCCAUCGCCACCAGAGGGCGAGUUACCAUUGUUUGAGCGACCCUACCAGAUGGACGGUGUGGGCCCGCCGCCGCCACGCGUAGUAUCUGCUAACCCGUACAGCAAAGUGCGUGCCAUUCGGCGCCAGAGCUCACCUGUGGUGCGCGGAGGGCCGAACAGCGAUGACGAGGACGAGGCAUAUGAGCGUGACCUGGACGGUGGCUGGUGCAACGGCGGUGGCUCCGACUCCGACGACAAGCCGUCGAAUCACACGAGUGAGGGCUACGUGUCCGAGGGCGCAUCGUCUCGCGAGGCUUCCACUGACUCCUCAAGAAUUGUGCCGUGGACCGCUAAGCCCAAGACAUUACCACGGCCGCAAGAACUUGGUGGCGGCAACCCCUUUAUGAUGUUCUUGUGCCUGACGCUGCUUAUGCAACAUCGUGACGUGAUCAUGCGCAAUGGCAUGGACUACAACGAGCUGGCCAUGCACUUUGACAAAAUGGUGCGCCGACACCGGCUGCAGAAAGUGCUUCAGCAGACCAGGGCUCUGUACACUGACUACCUGCGCCUUGGUUGGGACGAACAUGUGUGAUUUCAUCAUUGUAAAACUAGUCUGUGUGUUCCAUGUCAGUGCAAGCCUGACUCUUUCUUGACCCGGUGAUGAGACUGUCGUCAUUGGGCGCAGCCAUGACAUGUCGAAUCUGUGAUACCGAGUGCGCAAUUACAAUCGCACGUCGUUACCUUUGCUAAUAACUCUACUUGUGUAAAUUGUAUCGUUUAUGUGAAAACUCACUGUUCACAUAUCGACUGGGCAGAAACACACGAAGCCCAAAUAUUUUUGUCUGGACAUCGUCGGUAUGAACAGAACCAACUCUACACAACCUACACAAGCCAGAAGUCCCGCACACAUUGGCUGUAAGACAAUAGCCAUGUCUGUUUUGCUGCAACAGAUAGCUGAGAGAAUAACAAAACAGGUCAGAUUGAUUGAAAGUUGUUGAUUUUUUGUUCUAUCAUUGUUUUUUUUUUAUAGGUUCUGUCAGGAUUUGCUAUUACCGAUAGCUUGCUUUGCUCCGGAACCUAACAACGAGAUAACGAGCAGGACUGUACCUACAUCACCAUCUUCUGUUUUAACAGGAAGCAGUCUUUCCUUUUCAAGUCACUUUGCAGUUGGUAGGUUCCUGUCUCACUUCUGUGGGGCCUCUUCAAUGAAAUGUCCAGUGGUUGGGUUUCAACAAGGAUAUCCCAUAGCCACAUGCUCUAUCCAUUAGGCCGCAGACAUAGAGCGAGCAAACUAUCAACUGGGUUUAUUUGCAUCAAAUCUGCAUAUAUAGGCAGUGUUAACAGGUGACAAAAGAAAGGAAGGGGGGAACGAGGAGAAGAGGGCAAACCAAGCCUGCCUCAUGUCAACACAAGCUGCGCAAGAAAUUGCGUUCAGCAUGAUAUAAGGCAACAGAAGUGUCACUGACGUAGUCAUCGCCCUUUGUGGGCCAAACAGGGUGCUGCGUGAAUGAACGUGCAAGGGAGCAUGCAUUGUCAAUUCAGAAAAGAGAAGGAGCACACUUGCCCGCUCAUUACAUUGCGUGUACAGAAUGGAGACCACUGUUCAACAAAAUUGAGAUUCGAGGCAGAAGCAAAAAUAAAACAGCCCGUGAGCUUUUAGAAGCUUUUCAAAUCAAGAAAAAAGACGAUGACUGUGUAAGUGACACUUCUGUUGCUUUAUAUCUCGCUGAACGCGAUUUCCUGCACAGCUUUUGUUGAUAUGAGGCAGGCUUGAUUUGCCCUCUCCUCCUUCUUCCCCCCUUCCUUUUUUUCUCAAGUGUGAACACUGCCUAUAUAUGCAGAUUCGACACGUAUAAACCCGGUUGAUAGCUUGCGAUCUUUUCAUCUAACUCGUUUUUUUUUCCUGUGUUCAUUCUUUCUUAGGCGCAACUCUUCCUAAAACAUAGCCAUGCACCAACUCGCCCAGAAAAAAGUUAUUCUAAACUGUUACCGCUUUGAUGGAUUGGCAUGCGCAUCACGUUGCCGACUUAAAAAAUAGCAGCACAUAAGUGGCACACUGAGCAAGCAUUAUUUAGUCACUGUCAUGCUGUUUUCCGGCUGCCACACAAAUGGUCUCCUCACCCACACGGUUGCUUGCCUUACAGUUUAUGUUGUGCCAUCUGGUAAGAGACGAUAGCACCCCAGACACGGCUAGAUGCCAGCUGCUCGCAAAAUGCUUCGCAUAAUAUUCUUUCUCACAGUGCAUUGGACGUUUUUAUUUAUUUAUUCAUACUUCAAAUACCCCAUUUGGGGUUUUACGUGAGGGGUGGGCAUAUCUCGGUCAUGUCUUCAAUGAAUGCCUUGAGCGAUGAAUGACUGAGUGGUACACCACUUCAGCAGGUAGAUGAUUCCAGUCUUUCACUGUUUGAAUGAAGAAAGAGUUAAGAUGAGCAGUGGUGCGAGCUGGAGGGGAAUAAACAGCCUUUAAAUGGCUAUGACAGGAAUCAAUCCAUCUUGUUUGUAGCUUGCUUAGGUGGAUUGAAUGUUUCUUGCAGAAUAGAACACAGUACAUUUCUGUUAAUGAUCAUGACUCUAAAUCAUGCAAUGUAACAUCCGGUGUUCCUCAGGGGUCAGUCCUUGGGCCUCUUCAUUUUCUAAUUUAUAAUAAUGACCUGCCUGAUUGUGUUACUUCUAACACAAGGCUCUUUGCAGACGACUGUAUUCUGUACCGUGCAAUUUCUAAGAGUCUGACUUCUCUGUUCUUCAAUCUGACCUAAAUAAAAUUUCUUCUUGGUGUAAUACAUGGCUUAUGAAACUAAACAUUGACAAAUGUAAAGCAAUGAGGGUGUCUCAAAAGAUUAACCGGUCUAUUUCUCAGGGCUAUGGCCUUAACAGUUGCCCUCUUCAGUUCGUCGACAGCUACAAGUACCUAGGCGUCCAUAUCACUAAAAACCUGUCAUGGCAGAAACAUAUCCAUCAUGUUAUUAACAAAGCUAACAGUUCCCUUGGUUUUCUUUGGCAGGAUUUCCCCCUUGCUCCUAUUCCAUUGAAGCUACUACUAUAUAAAACACUCGUGCAUUCUAAACUAGAGUACGCUUCACCGAUAUGGGACUCGUACCCUAGCUCGUUGACACAGUCGUUAGAAUCGGUUCAAAACCACUUAGUUAGGUUUAUCCUAACUACUAUCGCUUAGCCAGCAUUUCUCGCAUGAAGCAAAAGCUUGACCUACCUCUCCUUUCUACUAGACAUCGAAUUUCCUGCUUAUGCCUGUUUCAUAAAAUAUACUACACUAAUAAUGACCUAACUAUGACACUUUUUUCGCCUCCGAGCCAUUUGUCAUUCCGUAUUGAUCAUCGAAUGAAGGUUGGGGUGCCUCAGUGUAAAAGCAAUGUAUACCUCAAAGCCUUCAUCCCGAAAACAAGCCAAGACUGGAAUCGCCUUCCUGCCUCCGUCAUCACUAUAACAGAUCAUGAUGCGUUCAAGUCAGCUAUCUGUGACCAUGUGCUGCCUCAUUAGCCACUUUUUCUUUCUUUUUCUAUUGCCACUCCUCUCUGUAAUACCUGUACGGCCUUGAGAGUAAAUAAAUGAAAUGAAGUGUGA